AAGAAGUAAAAUGCCUGAAGAAGAAAAAGGAGAGGGCCCAGAAGAUAUCGACACUAUUGGUAUUUAUGUAGGCGGUCGCAACGCAGAUGGCGAGCGUCAUGGGGAAGGCUGGGCUCACCUCCCAAAUGGAGACUUCUACCAGGGCUGCUACUGUCGCGGCAUGAGGAAUGGACGGGGCCUGUAUGUUUUCAAAAAUGGUGCUCGGUACGAUGGCGAAUGGCGCAAAGCCAUGAAAUACGGAACGGGCACAAUGAUAUACCCUGAUGGUUCCCGAUACGAAGGGGACUGGAGGUACGAUUUGAAACAAGGUUUCGGAGCUUACUACUACCCUAACGGAGACAUAUACGAAGGGGCCUGGUUCAAGGGGAAGCGCCACGGACUUGGGACAUAUUUCUUCGCAGAAUACCAAGUUAAAUUCAUGGGCACGUGGGUGGAAGGGGUCAUUCAAGGUCCGGGGCAAAUCAUUUACCCCCGUGUGCGUUACCACGGCGCAUGGCUGAAAGGGAAGCCUAAAGGUCCGGGGUGUUUUGUGUUUGAUACGAACUGUAUGCAGCAUGGCUUCUACUUACUGCUAAAAGAUCCGGAAUUGGAGGAGUUUGGAGAAGGAGAGGAAGAAAAGGAGGAUAAAGAAGUGAAGGAGGAACGCCAGGAUGAGGAGGAGGAAAUUGAAGUGGAUGAGACGUUAGGCAAAAUAGCGGUGUGGCGAGCGCGAAACGUGACAGCUUACAUGGCGGAGUUCCUGCCUCCCGAAGCCGUUCCACUCCCGAUCCACGAUUCUGUGCCUUCCCUCACUGACGAGACUAUAGAGACUGACGUUAUGCAGUUCGAGAUGUCCCACGUGGGGGAGGAGGAGACCCUGCAGGAUAACGACUCCUGGCUGAUGCACAGGCAGAAGUUCUUGGAAGAAACUGAGCAGAAAGAUUAA